AUAGAGUGUCAAAAACCUUAAAGUAGUUGGCGAAUUUAUUAAUUUUGUUUUUAUAAAUAUAAUCUUGAAACGACAACUAAACGUGACCCAAUGGUAAAUACAAAAUAUGGCUGCAACUUCGCCUUGAAAUAAUAAUAAUAGUCGGGACAGAUUUUGACGAGUACCUACGGACAAAUAAAUUUGCAUCAACAUGGAUAUAAAUCAGCUUGUCAGCAAAAAUCAGUCCAUUAAGAUAGUUCCAUCGAUAGAAGAAACUCUACAAAACCAAGGACUUGAUGUAGAUUUGGACGAUAAUACAAUAUUAUGGUUGCAUCAAUUGAAAGAAACCUGGAAAACGUGGAAGAGGAGUCCUACCAUUGAGCACCACAUCGAAUUAUUUUUCAACUCCAGGGCCGAUGCUUUUCGCGUAGCCCUGGUCUUCGUCAUAAAAUGCGAAGAUUCAAAAGAUUGUAAGACUAAAACAUUACCCUAUUUUAUAAUUGAGAUUUUACAUAAAUGGUCAAGAGCAAACAAUUUAGUACCUGAGAACUGUCUAAAACUGCCUGCAUUCCACAUAGCCAUCAGGCAAAGGAACCAGAGCUUUCUGAGUCUUAUGGCUAAAACAUAUCAAUUAUCAACCAUCAAAGAAACCAUAUUGCCGAUUGUAAGGGCAAUGAUCACAAAUGAUAAUUGCAAGCAAGCAUGCCAAGUUGUCAUAGCACUAGAGUUGUUUGAUGAUAUAUCAGUUCAAGAAUUACUAUUCCCGUUGAUUCUGCAAGACAAAUCCAAUAUUAUUGAUGAAUAUCUUUCAGAGUGCCCUGCUCAAGUUGCACCACUUCUACAAUUUUUGGAUAUGUUACUUGACAAAAAUUUUAGCAUUCGUGAAUAUGUUCAAAAAUAUAUUGAAGAACAUAACAUUUGUAACAUCAAAUAUGAUAAAAUACACUACAAGCCAUUGGGUAAGCUGGUGGCAAGACUGUGCAAUAAAUUUAAGGUUCCAAUUGAAACUUGCAAAAAUCUUAGUAAAAAUCGAACAACUGGAGGGCUGAGAUAUUUAAUUCACCAAAAAUAUGAAGAAAAUAAUGUAAGCAUGGCCGUUUGGGAUGAUUUAAUCAAAGAUUCACUUCGACAGAAUGGUGACUCAGCACAUGAGUUCAUUGACAUGCUUGUGGCAUAUGACAAGAAUGAAGCUCUUAAAUGGGCAUCUUACUUGAACUUACAAGAGAAUCUGUUGCCAGCUGCCUUGAGGGAAAUGACUGUUCAAAGUGAUGAAGCUGAACCUGAGAACUGGGACACAGAUGUUAAGACUGAGAUUACUCAUCAGGAGUAUUACAAGUUUACUUUGCCUGUAGAGCAAAUUAUUAUGAUAGAUACAGGUGAAAAGUUUUAUGACCUGAUGAUGAAUGAUUUAGCAGGAUGUAGUCUACUAAGUAUUGAUUGUGAAUGGAAACCAUCAUUUGGAGCCAAACAAUCUCAAGUAGGGCUUAUCCAAAUAGCAACUGAUAGAAAUGUAUACCUUAUAGAUAGUAUCAUACUGAAUCAAAAACAAUAUUCCAGCUUUUGGCACACUUUUUACAAAUCUCUCUUGGACAAUGCUGAAAUAAUCAAGAUUGGUUUUGGUCUCGAACAAGAUUUGAGGGAAAUGAAGGCAUCAAUAAUUGGUUUGAGUAACAUGAAGCUAAAAGGAGAAGGGCUACUGGAUAUUUGUAUAUUAUGGAAGAACCUCAUCAGUUGCGGAUUAGUUUUGCCAAGCAACAGUGACAGUGCUGGAAACAGCCUGAGUUCCCUAGUCCAAUCGUGCUUUGGGUUGCCGCUUGAAAAAUCAGAGCAGUGCUCUAAUUGGGAAUUGCGACCAUUGCGGGACACACAGAUCCAAUAUGCUGCUCUGGAUGCCCAUGUCCUAAUCCAGAUAUAUUAUUUCCUUCAGCAAAAGUGUUUGGAACAGAGAAUAGAUUUUGACGAAAUAUGCAAUGAAGUAUCACUGGAAAGAAAGAAAAAGUGUUCAAAGAAACUGAAAGUUGUAGAAAAAACUCAAAUUUUUGUUCCAUUAAAGUCAGUUAAUGAUGUAAAACUAUUAAUUGAACCUGAAUUGUCAAACAUAAUGACAUAUUUAAGGUAUUGUGGAAUAGACACUAUGCUGAUUCCACCUACUUUAUUAUGGCAUGAUGUUAUUAACUUAGCUAUAAGUGAAGAUCGUUUGGUUGUUACAGCUAAGUAUAAGUGCACUCCCUUUGAGGAAUUUCCACAAAGCUGUAUAUUUGACGCAGGUAAAGGUAAUGUUAAAGAGCAACUUCAAAUGCUCCUUGCUAAUUGUAAUGUAGGCAUUAAGCAGAAUGAUAUACUUAGUCGUUGUUUGUUAUGUAAUGGCAAAAGUUUGAAGAAUUUGGCAGUUGAUGAGGUAUUUAACAUUUGUAAUGAGUAUCAAGUUUCACAGGCUGUUCAAAUUAACAGUAAGGCAUAUGACAAUGACUAUGAUGAGGACGAAGAGUUUUAUGAUAGAUUUAAUAGUGAUUCCGAUUGUGAUGAAGAUUCCUUUCAACCAAUGCAUAAGCCGGUGCUGAAGGCAACUUGCCUCACUAGCAAGGGUGUGCCUGUUGAUAUAAGUAAUGUUGAACAACUUUCUUCCUCUGGAAAACCUGCAGUAUUGUGCGAGCUAUGUGGCAAGUUAUUUUGGGAUGAAGAUGAAUGUUUAAAACCUGUUAGUGAACUAGUUUUAAGUAUGACAAAACUCAGGAUCUGAGAAUAAAUUUACCAUGGUACAAAUUUAUAUUAAAAGCAAUACUGUUGUAAAUUGUUUAUUCAUGCAUUAAUAUAUUGCCUAUUAUAAUAUGUGUAUAUAACAUAUUUUAGAUAGAUAAUCAGUAUAAUCACUAUAUAUUAUACUUAAGCGUUAAAGCAUAUGAUUCAUGAAUAUUAAUCAAUUUAAAUUAAUAAGCU